UGAUAUGGCCAUUGUCAAUAAUGAAAAUAAUCGAAUGAAUAUAGAAAUGGAAGCAAUGAAAACAAAUAUUCUGUUGAUUCAAGAUGAAAAACAAAUGUUAGAGAAAAAAACAUACCAUCUUUUAAAGGAAAAAAGCUCACAUGAAAAUGAACUAAAAGAAAACCAGUUAGAGAUAAUGCAGCUAAAAGAGAAAGAAAGAUUAGCAAAAACUGAACAAGAGACACUUCUUCAAAUAAUAGAAACAGUUAAAAAUGAAAAACUUAAUCUUGAAACAACAUUACAAGAAUCUACUGCUGCUAGACAAAUGAUGGAAAGAGAAAUUGAGAAUAUCCAAACCUACCAAUCUACUGCAGAAGAGAAUUUUCUGAAAGAAAUAAAAAAUGCAAAAUCAGAAGCAAGUAUUUAUAAAAAUAGCUUGUCAGAAAUCGGCAAGGAAUGUGAAAUGUUAUCAAAAAUGGUAAUGGAAAUUAAAACAGAUAAUGAGAUUCUGAAAGAAGAACUAAAGAAACAUAGUCAAGAAAAUAUAAAAUUUGAAAACAGCAUCAGUAGGCUUACUGAAGACAAAAUACUUUUAGAAAACUAUGUAAGAAGUAUAGAAAAUGAAAGGGAUACCUUGGAAUUUGAGAUGCGGAAUCUUCAACGAGAAUAUUCAAGUUUAAGUGAUAAAAUUUGUGGUCAGCAUAAUGAUCUAUCAAAAACAGCUUACAUUUCCAGAAGAGAGAAAUUCCCUUUUGACAACUAUGAUACUUACGAAGACAUUUCCAGUCCUAGGAGUAGGCCAUUGGCUCCUGAUUUGAAAGAUUAUUUCAAAGCUCAGGACAGAACUCUCAAGCACCAUUAGGAUUCCUUACAAUUGCUGAGAAACUCCCUUUGAGAAAUAGCCAAUAUUAACAUGUACUGCUAACUGAACUACAAAUAUUAAUACCUAAGUGGUCUCAAAUGACUCAGAAUAAGGUACUAAUAGAUUAACUUUAAAAAUUAUGGGCAGAAUAGUUGGGUACAGAUAAACUAAGCCUUUUCAAUUGAGAAUUUCAGAAGAUGAAAAAGAACUUCCACAAGAGAAGACAGGUAACUGUACAUGGAAGGAGCUGAGAUUUCUAAAGUUGCCCAAAUUUUUUAUUUUUAAAAGUAUGUAUAAAUAAAAGAUAUAAUUUUGAAG